UAUUAUUUAUUUUAUAUUAAACUAUGGGUAGUAUCUACUUAUAAAUAAGUCAGUGUUACCGCCUUCUGCUCUGAAAAUUGUAUUCUUUUGUUAAUCAAUGAAGUUCCUAAUAUUAGCCGUGUUAAUUAGUAUACAACUAAUUAAUGUCUUAUCAUUAGAUUGUUACUAUAACACUGAGUGUAAAUAUAAAUAUUUCUCAAGUAAAACUCCCUAUGAAAAUGUUCGAGGUGACAUAAGAGAUUCAAUCGUAAAAGAGGAAGGAUGCGAGCCAAUCAGUAUUUGGGCGACGAUACGGCACGGGAAAAGAAAUCCAGGAGAAAAGUUCGCAAAAAAUAUCAAAGACAUUUUGAACCUUAAAGAUAGCAUUAUAAACAGUUUCGAAGAGGGAAAUAGUUUACUAUGCGCUCAAGAUGUGGAAAAUUUAAAUAAAUGGGAGACAAAUCAAGAUAUGUUAGAAAAGCCUAAUGAAAUAACAAAUGAGGGAUAUUUAGAGCUUUUUCGUCUUGCCGAACGAAUGAAAGAGGCUUUACCAGAUCUAUUAAAUGGUCUACAAAAUGAAGAUACCCUAUUCCUCCCGGGAUUUGGUGCUCGGUUGCACGUAAGUGCAAAGUCAUUCGUGGACGGUUUGGCAAACAAGAACUUGGAAAUAAAAGAAGCUGAAAAUAACUACAGUAUUGCCGCUCCCUACGCAUCCUGUGGAAAAUUUCAAACCGAGUACUUUCAUAAUCCCUCCAUUUACCGGGAAGUGGAAGAGUAUUUGAAAACACCCGAUGCAAUUGAUGUAAGAAAUCAAAAUAAAAUGAAGGAAAGGGUGGAGAAGAAACUGGGCCUUAACAUAUCUUUGUCGUUCAAAGAAGUAAUAGCAAUUUAUGACGUGUGCCGUUAUUCUUGGGAUGGGAUAGGAAACAAACCUAACCCUUGGUGUGCCGUGUUUUCCAUUGAAGAUCUGAAGGUGCAAGAAUAUAUCGGCGAUUUAGAACACUAUUACCGAAAUGGCUAUGGUGUACCAGACUAUAGUAGUAUAUUUGGGAAGAUUACUCUAGCCGAUACGUAUAAACAUUUUGAACUUGCUAAAAAUAAUGAAGGGAAAAAGAUUAUUUCCUACUUCACUCAUGCCACAAUGUUGGAUAUGAUUCUGGUUGCACUUAAUGUCCGUAAGGAUGCAAAACCACUUUUAGGGGCGCAAAGAGAUAUGAAAAGAAAAUGGAGAACAACGUUUUUAUCUACCUUUGGUGCGAAUAUGGUUGCCGUUUUAAAUAGAUGUCAAAACGGGACUCAAAAUGAAUACCAUAACGUUGCAUUUUACUGGAACGAGGAGCCCUUAAAAGAAUUAUGCAAUCAAGGAGUAUGUUCUUGGCAAGAGUUCGAAAAUAUUUUUAAACCGUUUUUACACUUUAACACGGAUUUCUGUGAAUAUAAAUGGACGAUAGUUGAUGAAUAAAAUCUUCGUACAUCAAUUUUA